GAAUGCGAGACCUUUGAGAAGUGCUGCCCCAAUGUUUGCGGCACAAGGAGUUGCGUGGCAGCUCGGUACAUGGAUGUCAAGGGGAAGAAGGGGCCUGUCGGGAUGCCCAAAGAGGCAACGUGUGACCGUUUCAUGUGUAUCCAGCAAGGCUCGGAGUGCGAUAUCUGGGACGGACAGCCCGUGUGCAAAUGCAAAGACAGGUGUGAAAAGGAGCCUAGCUUUACCUGUGCCUCUGAUGGACUCACCUAUUACAACAAGUGUUAUAUGGAUGCAGAAGCUUGCAUCAAAGGCAUCACGUUGAAUGUUGUCACUUGUCGGUACCAUCUCACCUGGCCAAAUACUAGCCCUAUCCCACCAGAGACUACAGCUCGCCCUACCACAGCCUAUUCAGAGACAACCGUCAUCGAUGUCCUUCCACCUGCUCUAGUUAACAAUCCAGUCCAUCAGUCGGUCUACGUGGGGGAGACCGUUAGCUUUCUCUGCGAUGUCACGGGCAGACCCAAGCCAGAAAUCACCUGGGAGAAGCAAGUAGAUGGUAAGGAAAAAAUCAUAAUGAAGCCAAAUCACGUCAGAGGGAAUGUUGUGGUGACCAACAUUGCCCAGCUGGUGAUCUAUAACACCCAGCUUCAAGACGCAGGCAUUUACACUUGCAGUGCCAAAAACAGCGGCGGCCUUCUCAGAGCCGAUUUCCCCUUAUCGGUCAUCAAAGGAGAACCUGCAAAUAAAGAAGCAUCCCAAAACAAAACCCACUUCCCCACCGACGAGUGUCUGAAGCAGCCAGACAGCGAAGAUUGUGGGGAGGAGCAAACCAGAUGGUAUUACGAUGCGAAGAAAAACAACUGCUUUACAUUUAUCUAUGGGAACUGCAAUAGCAACCUGAACCACUUUGACACCUACGAGAACUGCAUGCUAACUUGUAUGAACGGUCCGAUCAACAUUUGCAACCUGCCAGCCCUUCAAGGUCACUGCAAAGCCUACGAGCCCAGAUGGGCGUAUAACAGUUUGACAAAGCAAUGCCAGUCCUUCAUUUAUGGCGGGUGUGGAGGCAACGAGAAUAACUUUGAAAGCAGAGAGGCCUGUGAAGAGAUGUGCCCUUUCCCGAAGAACACGCACUGCAAAGCUUGCAAGCCUCGCCAAAAGCUGGUGACAAGCUUCUGCAAAAGCGACUUUGUGAUCCUGGGCCGUAUAACAGAACUGACCGAAGACCAAGAUUCUGGGCACGCCCUGGUGACGGUGGAGGAGAUCCUAAAGGACGAAAAAAUGGGCUUAAAAUUCCUUGGGAAGGAACCUCUAGAAAUCACGCUUUUAAACAUGGACUGGAGCUGCCCGUGCCCCAACAUGACCACGGUAGAUGGCCAGCUCAUCAUCAUGGGUGAUGUCCAUAAUGGGAUGGCCGUCCUGCAGCCAGACAGCUUUGUGGGCGUCUCCAGCGUCCGGCGUGUACGAAAGCUUCGCGAGGUCAUCCACAAGAAAACCUGCGAGCUUUUGAAAGAGUUCUUAGGAUUACACUAA